AUGGCGCAAUACAUACCUCUGGUGGACGAGAACAGCACCAGCGACGACGUGGGUACCCACACAGACGACCCUGAGCUUUCCGACAUAGAUCUCGAAAAGGUCCCAGAACCCGCUAUACUGCCCAAGUGGUAUCAUAUCCCCGGGUGGCGAGCGAGCCCAUCAAGAUGGCAACCCACUCUAAGGUGGAAUCGAUGGUCCAGAGAAGACAUGCCGGAUGCAAAGACGGCUGCCUCAUGCGCCUUCGCCUAUUUCGUCGCUGCUCUGCCGCGAUUCCUACAACCUGGAGGACUGAAGAUGAAGAGGGAUUUGCACCCCACCGCUUACCUGGAUGCGUUGAGAGGCUGGGCUGCUCUUCUGGUCUUCCGGUUCCACAUGUACUACAACAGAACUUGGCUCUUCAACCAGUUCGUAUUCAGCGGCUUUCUCAAUGGACGAGCGAUGGUCGAGGUCUUCUUCAUCAUUUCGGGCUACGUUCUCAGCUACCGCCUUCUCACGAUGAUUCGGAACCAGCAGCCGGGCCUUCUGAGGGCUCUGGCGUCCUCGACCUUCAGAAGAUGGUUCCGCCUCUUCAUCCCCACGGGCAUCGGCUCAUUGAUCGUGGCCAUCCUGUCCCAUUUCCGCUGGUGUCGAUGGGAUUUGACCCUGGAUUCGUUCCCCGCCCAAAUGUGGGAUUGGUUCAGGGACUUCCUCUCGGCCAGCAACCCCUUUGCUGAUAUCAAGGGCUGGUGGUACAUGGAGGUGUUCCGCACGAAAUAUUUGGAUCCGAUGUGGACGAUCCCCGUCGAGUUCAGGGGCAGCAUUGUCCUCUUCUCAUUCUGUGCUGUAGCCGCAUACUUGUCAACCCGGGGCCGGCGGAUUUGCUGCGCUGUCCUCAUCCUCCUCUGCUACUACUGGGGUACUAUCUACGCGGCGCUGUUCCUGAUCGGCAUGCUCAUCGCGGAUUUGCAGUUCGAUCGCCAUCCGGAGCGGCUGCGAUCCAAGAGACAGCUUCCGCAAGAGGAACUGCACCAGCAUCAACAACAACAGCAAGGGACAACCAACAACGAAGCCCCUCAAUCCUCCUCUUCCUCUCCCACGAAUCAGACGUUCACCCCAGGGAAGAGAAAGGAUUCAGUUAUCCGCAAGAUCAGCUGCACCCUCCUGGUCAUUGCGGCGCUCUUCCUCUUUGGCCAACCCAAGGACGGCUGGUCAUACCAAGGCCCUUUCCCGUAUGACUACCUCAGCCUCGCCAUCCCGACAUGGUACCCCGUUGACUUGGGCGAGUAUUUCUGGCUCAGCAUCGGGGCUACGUUGCUCGUAUUUGGGCUGGAUAACUGCCGCAUGCUGCAGAUCCCUUUUGAAUGGUCGUUCUCGCAAUAUCUCGGCGAUAUCUCCUUUGGCGUGUACGUCAUGCACGACAUUGUGAACUGGACAUUCUAUGAGCAGGUGGUAGAACCUUUUCGCGUGGCUCACUUUGGCGAGGGCUACUGGUCUGGCUUGCCGGGCAUGUUGGUCACCACCUUUGUUGUGCUAUGGUGUGCGGACUGGUUCUCUAGGAUCGACGACCGCGUUGUUUGGUUUGGGAAGUGGUUGGAGAGCAAGGCUUUUAUUCAAUGGGAGGAAGUGUCGUGA